AUGAUGGUGCUAUUGGCGGUGUUGGCGGAUGGAGCCACUACGAGUAUUUCUCCCGCGGCCGCGGCGGCGGCAGCAGCCAGAACGGUGGGCUUGGGGGAGGACAGAAGGAGCGCAGUGGUGCUAAAUCCUUGCGGUCCCGAGGCCGCCGCAUGCGUCCAAGACGCCGAUUGUAGAGACUGCGAAGCACGAAGAAUGGGUGAGGGCGGGAUGGGGGGCGAAGAGUCGACGGUGCGUGGCGAUCGCCGGCCACGGGUUAUCUGGGACGAGUUCAGAAUAAAUCCUUCCUUACUCUCCGGAGGGGCCGGGUCGCCGUCGAACAAGCUCUGCGAAAAAUUCGGAGCCGUGGCGUGCGCAAGAAUGACGACCGCUCUUGGUGCUGUGGGCGCGGAGGAAGGAUAUGCCACCGUGUCUGAGAAUCAGUGUCGGGAUAACCCCGUGGUGAAGGAGCUGUUCGCGUGCAGGAUGGCCAGCGCCGGCUGCGAGCUGGAAGACGCGCCGUGCGUCACCCAAAACCCGCGGCGGUUGCAACAGAGGGAAGCAUCUUCACAGUCCGUGGACCACGAGGGCUACGGACACGCUCGGCCACUGCCGCCUGGAGAAGCGGUAGUGGAGCGUGGUGCGCGACGUGCGGCACGUGCGGCGGCUCCGGGUGUUCCUCGAGGGGAGAUGACGGGGAAGAAUGCUGCAAGAGCAGUAUUAUUGCUAGUGGCAUUCUGUGUUCGGAGACCGGUUGGAAGGCGCCGUGCGUCGUGGUGGAAGGGGGAGAGCGCACCGUCCUUGACAUCGUCCGCCGGCUUGAGAUCAUCGUCAACGGCAAGGUGGUCGCCUUCUCCGAGUACGGUGCCAAGCGCAGCACCAACUGCGGCCCUUAGCGACUCUUCCAGGGGUGACGCGGUUGGGUUUGUGGUCGGGUCGUUUUCCGCGGAGGGGGUGUCGGACACCCUCCUCGAUUCGCUCGGAGUCGCGGGCGUCGUUCGGCAGGUGGUGUGCGGUCUCGGCUCCUGCCCGCACGGGGAAGAUUCGGUCGACGUGGAGGCCGAAGUCACUGCUAUACAGGGACCUGCUUCCAGGAUGCUUGCGGCAGUUGGAGCAGGGGCGCAGCACAGCCAAAGCCAGAGGCACGGGCAGCAAGAGAUAUUGAGUCGAGUACGGAGACGAGCGCCGCAGCACCGCCAGCUGGAGGCAGGUGCUGCGGCCGCGAGUAGUCGUGACCCAACGACGUUUUGGUCGGAACAGCGUCAGGAGCUGGGGCGGCGCCGGCGCUUAGGAGACAUCACCGGGGUGGAGUUCAAGUUGCCCACAGGGGAGGGCACAGAAGGGGACGACGGAGAGGUAUUGACGGAGUCGCAGCUGGCGGCAGCAUUCAUCAAUAACGUUGCAGACCCGGCCGUCCUGUCUUCUCUGGCAACCGACCUCGGAGUGGAUGUGGAGGACCUAGGCUUCAGCAACCUCGCUUUUUACCAAGGGCAGAAGUUCGUAUUCGACAAAGAGUUCGACGUUGGGUCGCUCGAGUUCAGCGGCUCCAGCACACCCGGCGGCGACGAUGUGACCCUCGGGUAUCACACCUGGCUCCUGGCGAUCGGCCUGGUUUCCAUUCCAGCCUUCAUCGUAGUUUGCAUACACAGCUGCAUCGAGCGCGAGCGCGCCCAGGACGAGUCCUGGACGGGCAAGCCCAUCAUAAUGACUGUGGCCGGCCACAGCAAAGCCGGCGCUCCCGCGGUGUUUGUUCAGCGUAUGAAAAAGCCCGGUGUGGUGUCCGGACGGCACGAGUACGACGGCGCAGCAAACAGCGGGGAUAGCGGGGGGGUCUGGCGCGCUGGGUGGGUGACGGCGAAAAUGACCGCCGCCGGGGGCCGGCACGCCGACCGGAAGGUGAACCCUGCGUUGGCACUGAUCGACAGAGACGACAUGUGCUUGAGGUCGAGCUCUGGUUCCCAGGGUGGGUUCACCUUCGACAACCCUAUGCACGGAGGGGGCCGUGGAGACCGGCAGUUGUACGGGGACGUCGAGAGCCCUGGGUACGCCACGUCCGGAGUUGCCGCCGACAACCCCACGUACGCCCGGGCAAGUGCCACUCGCCGGGCGCAGGGGUGCGGACCGCGCAAGGAGAACCAGGAGCUGGAGGACGAGGGGCAGUGGCCCGGGCGCAGGAUGCGGGGAAUCUCGGGCAGCAGUCUCGACCUCUCCGAGCAGCGACUGCCCACCGUUGCUGAGGCCGACUACAGCAGCGGGGAAUGGGAGUCCGAAUCCGACCGGCACGCCUCAAUCUUUUCCCCAAUCACCGGCAGCGAAAGCGCAGCAGGCGGUCGAGGCUGGGAAACCAAUUCAGACCGCACCUACGGCAGCGGUGGGGGCCCCGACAACCGCAAGGCCUGGGGGGGGGUGUCCGCCACACCGGCGGCGCAGCCCAGCGAGCCUCUGCCCGGGAAGAGCCCCGCCCUCAGCAAAGAGGCGUCGUCGAUUCAAACAGCGCAGCUCACACAAGCUACUGCCAAUCUGGGCAGCCACAGGACCACCGACUCCGGUGCCACGUUCGACUCCAUCUUCGACGAAGAGCCUGAAAUAAAGCAACCCGGCCGUGCGAAACGCAGAGGCAACAGGAAGACGAGCGGCGGGGCGGCGGGGGCGUGUAGAGAGCCCCAGGCCAGUGUGCGGGGCGAUGACUGCACGACCAGCGGCAAGACGGGCGGCGCGCGCCAGUUGACGGCCGCGUGCCCGAACGCCUCGCGGAUGACAGCAUCGGUCUUGAGGGUGGAGGGGGCAGCAUCGCCGGCUCAGAGCAAAGAGGAAGACGCGACGGCGUUGCUUCGGGAGCACGGAAGCAACAUCUGGGGAAGCGGCGACGUAGAAGAAGCAACUGGUUGGCAGAUGAAGGACGUCCAAGCGAGUAGAAACCGAAACGGCCGUUCGUUGGUCUGUUUGUCGAGGGGGGAACAUGAUGGGGGCCGUGACGGGGGGAGCGGUGUCGGUGACGGUGACGGUGACGGUGGUGAUGGACACGGCGGGCGGGGGUACGGCGGGAACAACAACAUCGGCGAUCACCCCGAUGAGCCACCGUUGGCGUCCACGCAAGGCGGCCCAGUCAAGGCUCGAAAGGUUGUCCCGGUGGCGGUCCACCGUCGGGUGCACUCGACCGGCUCGAGCCUUUACUCCUCUGACUACUCCAACGAGUCUCUUUCCCCGGUUUCUAAGCAACGUCGACAGAGCAUGACCAUCGCCCGUAUAUCCUCUUGCUCAUCCUUAGCCAGCCAAGCAUUACACGCCCCCAGCGUGUGCAGCGCCUACACCGACGUUGGCAGCCGGGUGUUUGGGAGCGUGGCAUGGAACAGAACAUACCUCGGCGGCGGAGGCGGCGGCAGUUGGUACGGGGGGAGCAGCAUCGGUAGCACCAGCAGCCUUGGCGAGGAGGGGGCCAGCUUCAGCGGUGACGGCCAGCUUCAGCGGUGA